GACAUCACAUUGCCUCCACCUCCCUCCCUGAUAGAAGAGAGAAAGAAGAAGAAGAUUCUAGAAGUCACCAGAGAGAUCACUGAGCUGCUGACAGGAGAGGUGAGCGGUGCCGGGAAUUCUGGGACAUUCUCCAGUAAGGAGGAGUGGGAGUAUUUAGAAGGACACAAGGAUCUCUACAAGGACGUCAUGAUGGACAAUCAGCCGCCCCUCACAUCACCGGACUGGAAAGUAGAAGAUGAGGACAUCACACAGUAUAGUCCAGGAGAAAACCCGGCUCCAUCCAAUGUCCAUCCGGCACCACCCAGUGUAGAUGGACCAUCGGAUUCCUCGUAUCCUGAGGAACCUCAGACUGUGCGGGACCGGGCCUGCCUUCCAACAGGGAAGAGCUUCUCCUGUACUGAGUGCGGGAAAUGUUUCUGUUAUAAAUCCAAACUGAAUGUGCAUAAAAGAUCUCACACAGGUGAGAAGUCAUAUACCUGUCCUGAGUGUGGGAAAUGUUUUGUAGAAAAGGCAAAACUUGACACACAUCAGAGAUCUCACACACGGGUGAGAAAGCCGUAUUCCUGUCCUGAGUGUGGGAAAUGUUUUUCAGAUAAGUCCAAUUUUUACAGACAUCAGAGAUUGCACACAGGUGAAAAGCCGUAUUCUUGUUCUGAGUGCGGAAAAUGUUUUUCAAGGAAGUCUAAUCAUCACAAACAUCAGAGAUCUCACACCGGGGAGAAGCCGCAUUCCUGUCCUGAGUGCGGGAAAAUGUUCCUCACUGAAUCCAGUCUUUACAAACAUCAGAGAUCUCACACAGGGGAAAAACCGUAUUCCUGUCCUGAGUGCAGGAAAUGUUUUUCACUGAAGGAGAGGCUUGACAGACAUCAGAGAACUCACACGGGGGAGAAGCUGUAUUCCUGUCCUGAGUGUGGGAAAUGUUUUUCACAGAAGUCACAUCUGUACACACAUCACAGAUCUCACACUGGGGAGAAGUAUUCCUGUCCUGAGUGCGGGAAAUGUUUUUCAAAGAAGUCCAGUCUGCAAAAACAUCAGAAACCUCACAAGGGGGAGCAGCCAUAUUCUUGUCUUGAGUGCGGGAAAUGCUUUUCAACGGAGUCUCAUCUUUACAUACAUCAGAGAUUGCACACAAUGGUGCAGCCGUAUCACUGUUCCGAGUGCGGGAAAUGUUUUUCAGAUAAGUCCAACCUUUCCACACAUCAGAGAUCUCACACAGGGGAGAAGCUGUAUUCCUGUCCUGAGUGUGGGAAAUGUUUUUCACAGACAUCUGAUUUUUACAGACAUCAGAGAACACACACGGGGGAGAAGCCGUAUUCCUGUCUUGAGUGCGGGAAAUGUUUUUCAAAAAAGUCCAAUCUUUACUCACAUCAGAGAUCUCACACAGGAGAGAAGCCGUAUUCCUGUCCUGAGUGCGGGAAAUGUUUUUCAGAAAAGUCUAGUCUUUACACACAUCAGAGAUCUCACACAGGGGAGAAGCCGUAUUCCUGUCCUGAGUGCAGGAAAUGUUUUUCAGUGAAGUCCAAUCUUUACUCACAUCAGAGAUCUCACACGGGGGAGAAGCCGUAUUCCUGUUCUGAGUGCGGGAAAUGUUUUUUCUGA